GGGAGAGGAGAGGGAGAGAACCAGCAAGGCAGGUUUUAAAUGAGAGGCUGGCAACCGGGAACCCCGCGGAGAGAGCGAGCAACCUGGCUAGAAAAGCGAGCAAGCUAGGAAAGCGAGCGUUACAGAGGGAGUAGGGGGAGACGGAGACUGACUUAUAGCCGAGCAGGUGGAGACGCACGCCCGGACAGACCGAUCAGGCGCCUGAGAACCUCACACUGGUUCCUCCCGCAUUUCCCUUUGAAAAGCCAGGAUUUUGCCUCUUCCUUGGCGCCUGAGAGAGAAUGCUGGACUCUGCCGACUUCAGCGUGAGCUAAGAUUUCUCAGCUAGGGAGGAAAGAUCAGCCCAAUCCUGAGAAGGGGGAAAGCCAUCUCCCCUGUCCCCAUCCCCCCCCACCCCAUACCAAACUCGGGCGCCAGACCCAGCCCUUCCCCAACCAUCCGACUUCCUCCUCUCCUUUUUAGCAUGGUGGCUGUAUGGACAGUCUGACAGAACAGAGACUGACAUCUCCCAAUCUGCCGGCCCCCCACUUGGAACACUACAGUGUUCUGCAUUGCACCAUGACCCUGGAUGUGCAAACUGUAGUUGUUUUUGCCCGUGAUUGUAGUCCUCCUGCUUGUCAAUGUCAUACUCAUGUUUUUCCUGGGAACGCGCUGAAUGGAGUCCAGCCUCCUGAGCUGUGGCGAACUCUCGCUUUGAUUUCAUCCCGAGAACCACCGAGGAAAAAAGAGAGAGAGAGAGAGAGAGAGAGAGAGAGAGAGAGAGAGAGUGACAGGGAAAGGAAGGGAGAGAAAGAGCAAGCUUUCUUACUCAGGGGGGAAAACGUUUUGAGCUUCAACAUGGCCUCGCUGUGAUAUGUAUGACGUUGCUGAUCACUGGAGAUUCCAUCGUUAGUGCUGAGGCAGUAUGGGAUCACGUCACCAUGGCCAACCGGGAGUUGGCAUUUAAAGCUGGCGACGUCAUCAAAGUCUUGGAUGCUUCCAACAAGGAUUGGUGGUGGGGCCAGAUCGACGAUGAGGAGGGAUGGUUUCCUGCCAGCUUUGUGAGGCUCUGGGUGAACCAGGAGGAUGGGGUAGAGGAAGGGCCCAGUGAUGUGCAGAAUGGGCACCUGGACCCCAACUCAGACUGCCUUUGUCUGGGCCGGCCACUACAGAACCGGGACCAGAUGCGAGCCAAUGUCAUCAAUGAGAUCAUGAGCACCGAACGUCAUUACAUCAAGCACCUCAAGGACAUUUGUGAGGGCUACCUGAAGCAAUGCCGGAAGAGAAGAGACAUGUUCAGCGAUGAGCAACUGAAGGUGAUCUUUGGGAAUAUUGAAGACAUCUACAGGUUUCAGAUGGGCUUCGUGAGAGACCUGGAGAAACAGUACAACAAUGAUGACCCCCACCUGAGUGAGAUAGGACCCUGCUUCCUGGAGCACCAAGAUGGAUUCUGGAUAUACUCUGAGUACUGUAACAACCACCUGGACGCCUGCAUGGAACUCUCCAAACUGAUGAAGGACAGCCGCUACCAGCACUUCUUUGAGGCUUGUCGCCUCUUGCAGCAGAUGAUCGACAUUGCUAUUGAUGGAUUCCUUUUGACUCCAGUGCAGAAGAUCUGCAAGUAUCCCUUACAACUGGCUGAGCUCCUCAAGUAUACCGCCCAGGACCAUAGUGACUACAGGUAUGUGGCAGCUGCUCUGGCUGUCAUGAGAAACGUGACUCAGCAGAUCAAUGAGCGCAAGAGGCGUUUGGAGAAUAUCGACAAGAUUGCCCAGUGGCAGGCAUCUGUCCUAGACUGGGAGGGUGAGGACAUCCUAGACAGGAGCUCGGAGCUGAUCUACACUGGGGAGAUGGCCUGGAUCUACCAGCCCUAUGGCCGCAACCAGCAGCGGGUCUUCUUUCUGUUUGACCACCAGAUGGUCCUCUGCAAGAAGGACCUGAUCCGAAGAGACAUCUUGUACUACAAAGGCCGCAUUGACAUGGAUAAAUAUGAGGUAGUUGACAUUGAAGAUGGCAGAGAUGAUGACUUUAAUGUCAGCAUGAAAAAUGCCUUCAAGCUUCACAACAAGGAGACUGAGGAGAUACAUCUAUUCUUUGCCAAGAAGCUGGAGGAGAAGAUACGCUGGCUUAGGGCUUUCAGAGAAGAGAGAAAAAUGGUACAGGAAGAUGAAAAAAUUGGCUUUGAAAUUUCUGAAAACCAGAAGAGGCAAGCUGCAAUGACUGUGAGAAAAGUCCCUAAACAAAAAGGUGUCAACUCUGCCCGCUCAGUUCCUCCUUCCUACCCACCACCGCAGGACCCGUUAAACCAGGGCCAGUACCUGGUCCCCGACGGCAUCGCUCAGUCGCAGGUCUUUGAGUUCACCGAACCCAAGCGCAGCCAGUCACCAUUCUGGCAAAACUUCAGCAGGUUAACCCCCUUCAAAAAAUAAUACCUACA